UUGUGACAAAAAAGGCUACGUCAAAUUCUAAACGACCUCACAAAAUUUUCUUCUGUGAUAACUCCAGUAGUUUCAAGUUUAACAAAUGUUUUGUGCUCGUGCGAUGUGAUCAUCAGGAAUAUAUGAAUAUUUUUUACCUGUAAAGUUUUAUAAUGUGUAUAGAGUGCAAUAUAGCGGUUGUGUAUAGCUAUCAGUUUUAUUAGUUUUGUGUCAUUGAGAUAUCACAAUGCGUAUCGGUUUUCUAUUAUAUUGGUGCGUAUUUGCUAUUCACUUGUGCAAAGCGGAUGAUGGAGAGAGGACAGAGUCCAGAGAUGGCCGGAGGGCUCAAUGGGGUCCUACCGUGAGGAGCAGUUCAUUUACGAGCGAGUCGGCUUCAGUAUCAAAUGAGCUCAUACUUCUGGAGGCCUGUAAUAACGAGCCGGCGUGUCUCCAAGACCACGCUGGUCUUGAGGCCAUCACACAGCUCCACCGACAGCUGGAUGACGACGCGAAUGGAAAUGUUGAUCUCAGUGAGAGUGAUGACUUCUUACGCGAGGAGCUUCAAUACGACAGCGGCUAUGAGAAGCGCCAGCGAGCCUUCCAUCACAACGACGACAUGCACAUAUCUGUCAAAGAACUUUGGGAGGCCUGGCUACGGUCAGAGGUCCACAAUUGGACGGUGGAGCAGACUGUGGUGUGGCUGUCCGAGUCUGUGGAGUUGCCGCAGUACAGGACGCUGUUCUUGCAACAUAGAAUCACUGGUGCAGCAUUACCGAGAUUAGCUGUGAACAACAUGCAAUACAUGAGCAACGUUCUGGGCAUAAAGGACCCUAUACACAAACAGAAGCUAGCCCUCAAAGCCAUGGAUGUUGUAUUGUUUGGACCACCCAAAGAAGGCAGUCGUUGGAAGGACUGGUUGUUAGCAUCGCUUCUGUUGGGUGCUGUUGUUGGAGGCUGGGCAGCGCUGAGAGCCGGCCGUGCCAGUAGGCAUCAGGUACAGAGGAUGUUGAGGGACAUGGAACAUCUGAGGAAAGCUGAAAUGGCGCUGGACGAUAUGCAGAAAGAAUUGGAGAAGGCGCGUCUGGAGCAGGAGAGCGUCACGACGGAAAAAAAGAAUCUAGAGAAGAAGUUGCAGGAAGCUGGAGACACGCCGAUGUUGAACUCAGCGUCAUCAGACCUAGAAGUUACUCAACUCAAGUCCGAAAUAGAGAUGCUACGUGCUGAGCUGCGUCGAGCUGAAGGUGAGCUGGAGGACCGUUGCUGGGCGCCACCGGCCGGGCUCCAGCAGUGGCUGCAGCUCACACACGAGAUAGAGAACAAGGCCUACCUCAGGAAGAAACAGACGGCUGACGGGCAGCUGCAGCAGGCCAGGGACGCGUGUGAAAAGCUACGGAAGAAACGUUCCAGUCUGGUGGGAGCCUUCGUGUCGACACACGGCAAGUCCAUAGACGACGUGGACCGAGCCAUAGUAGAGGCUAGGACCGCUCUCAACGAAGUUACACAGGAGCUACAGGAACGCAUGCACCGAUGGAAGCAGAUCGAAAGGUUGUGUGGCUUCAAUAUAAUAAAUAACAACGGAUUACAGUUCCUAGAGAGCACCCUGUAUAGAACAGCUAACGGGAGACAGGGGAAAGUCCGAGUGAGCAGUUCGCAGGAUGAUCUCAGCCUUGGAGACGACACGUCACUGUGCGGAUCAGCGACAGACACUUUGGGCUGGCGGGAGGACUCGUCGGGCAGUGAAGCAGACUCACCCCACUACCCUCUAGAUCUCAGACUGGCCGAGGCCAGGCUUCAAUUAGAAGAACGCCUGGCACAAGAAGCGCGGGAGAAGAGAAUGGAUGAAAGAAAAGAAGAAAGAGCGAGGGAGAGAAGUUUAUACAAUGACGUCAGGAAGAGCCCAACCGACGAAAGGAAGAGGGAACAAGUACAUUUCAUACUGGGAGGGGACAAUGUUAACUGGACGGGCGAGGACUUGACCCGUGCGUCCCAGUCGCAGUCCCAACCUCAACUGCGUUCGUCCAUACGCGGAGCCCCCGGCGUGCCGCUCCCUCCACCGCGCCGCCCCGGCCCAGGCCCAACGCCCUCUCACCUCAUGGAGAGGUCGCGCAGCACCGACCACGUUUUCGACGACCCUCGCCCCCCGCCCAGACAACCAUUCACAAGACAGAAGGCACUCGCCGAAGGUAACGAACGAACCGAACACACUCCGCCCGAGGAGGAAUCCACGGACUCGUCCCUGAUGGAGGAAGACGGUGCGCCCAAGCCGAGGAAGCGGAGGAUACAUCUGCCCUUCGGUAAGAAAUCUAAGACCCCCGCGUGACGUCACACCGCUGAUAUUAGCACGAUCGUUAGAAGCUCCCCGAGGUGUACUUCAAUGGAAAUGUUGCAUAUUUUGAAAUUAUUUAUUUGUUUGCCGUCGUUUGAUAUUUAUACAUUUUUCGUCUUUAUAUAUGUACCGUUCUAUGUACCUGUCUAAUUUUUAUAUAUUAUAUAUCGCCUUCGAGAAGUAGUUUUGGAAUCAUUUAAAAUAUUUUGUAUUCUAGAGACAAUCCUAUAACUUAGCUCAUGUAUUUCCAAUUUAGAUGUUUUAAUGAACCGGAUAUAUGAAUAAUAUAUGUUCCUCAACACUAGUGGAUUGUUAUGGACGCCAAUUUGUUCGUGAACUAUCUACUAUCUGGAGGCUUGAAGUGAUUCUCAUAUAGUGACGCAAUGUGUUAAGGCUUACAUGAAACGACAUUUUAAGUAGAAACAAUAUAGGAAUAUCACGUGCCCGUUACAAACGGCCUAGAAAAAUGUAUCGUUAGUUGUGCUUUUAAUCUAAUUUAUACAGAUGUCCGAGUCUCGAUAUCCGUUCAUAAUCCAGUAUAAUCGUUAAUUAGAACAUUGUAAUGACUCGUCCGGUUGUAUAAUGUAUAUUUCAAUGUUUACACGAUAGCCAAUUAUACAUUGUAUAAAUGUAAAUAUACUUACGACCAUAUCGCAUCAUUCCCUGUUUUUUUUUCGUAGUUUGAUAGCGAUAUAUUAUGUGCCCCAUAGAUUUAAAAUAGUAUAAGACAGUUUGGUGCUAUAUGAAUAUUUCAGACUGGAAUCCAUAACACCAAAUUUAAUAAAAUCUGUGUAACACGCAUCGCUCAUACGAAGGUCUUCCAUUUCAUAGUAUCGGAAGAAAUUUCCCUUAUAUACUUACCAUUAUCUUUAGUUACACUGUGUUGCUGCCAUCGGAGCCCGAGCCUAGCUUAAUACAAGUACUUAAUGCCAUGUUAAGCAGCAAAGUAGAUGUACUUAGUCUGAUAUCGAAGUAACGACGAUACGAAUCGAUCUGCUAAUUGAUUAAUAUGAAAUUUUAUAAAGACUGUCACAAUAACUUCUACAGUAUUAGUCCGCUCGCAAUGAGAGAAAAUUAACUCAAAUUAUGAAAGGUUUUAAGAAUACCUACUACUUGGCAUUUGUUAAACAAAAUGGUCACGUGUUUUAUCUUACUUUAUCAGUGCAUUAUCCGUGUGAAUCAAAUUCUGACAGAUGUAUUACAAAAAGACAAAUCGUGAUAAAUUAUUAAUAAAAAAUAUUCGUAAAACA